AUGGCAGCUGGGAUCAAGUGGUGCCACGAGGCGUCCAUCGCCAUCUACAGCAGCAUGGAGAACCAGCGGCUCUCUCACUGGGUCUUCAUCUCCGUCAUCUCCAUGAUCUUCUGCCUCGUCGUUUACUCCCUCACAGGGGUUUAUGGGUACCUGACAUUUGGUAAGGACGUGAAGGCCGACAUUCUAAUGUCGUACACGGGCGACGACGUCCUGAUGCUCAUCGCUAGGCUGCUGUUCGGAAUCUCCAUCAUCACCAUCUAUCCCAUCAUCCUGCUGCUGGGCAGAUCCGUGAUCCAGGACCCCCUGUUGAGUUGGCGGCGGAGGCGUUACGGCGUGGUGACGGCGAACUUUGAAAGCCGCAGCCGCUACGCGCUGACGGCUCUGUGGAUCACAGUGACUCUGCUCAUCGCCGUCUUUGUACCCGACAUCAGCAAGGUCAUCAGUGUCAUCGGGGGCAUCAGCGCCUUCUUCAUCUUUAUCUUCCCAGGACUGUGUUUGAUUUUCGCCAUGCAGUCGGAGCCUGUGUCCUGGAGGACCAGAGCCGUCCUCACAGUUUGGGGAGUCGUGACGCUGAUCUGCGGAGCCUUCAUCUUCGGCCAGAGCAGCACCAUCGCCGUCAUGCAGCUCCUCGGAAAGAUCUGACUAUUCCGCUCCCCUCGCAGAUUCAGGUGUUGUCAUGGAGACUGUUGUGACCAGAUUGGAACUUUCUCGCCCCCUUUCUCCUCCUAAGAGAGCCCAUGUUGAGUUAUGGCCACCGCCGACUCUUUACAAAUGAACAUGACCCCUGAAGAAUCAAGAGCCCCUCCUUCCCUCUGUCAGCGCCGCUGUGUUACGUUCUCUGUGGUCACCUGACCGCCUGAGGACGAGCAGCGUCUGUGUCCCGUCAUGCCGAGAUGAUCUGAUUGAAAUCCUCAGGUAUUUCUGCACUUUGUUUGUUUUGUGUCGGUGCAGAUUUGUACAUAUCAGUAUUAAACAUCACUGUGUUCAGUUUGUGGGUGAGAUGAAGAGCAAGAGUUUAAAUUAUCAGUAAAAUAAAAAGAACAUUUCCAGGA